AUGUUGUCUCAUAUUUUUUAGAAUAUAUGUCCAAAUCAUAACAGUGAAGUAGUUGCAAUUAAACUGUCUGCCCAUAAAUAAGUUGAGGAUGUUCUCAUGUGCCUAUACUGUCUAACAGGAAAUGCUUAAUAUCCUGUUGUUCCAUUAAAUGAAAUCUAAAAGUUGUAUGAAGCUAAACUUGUAUUUAUUAAGUAGUUGCAAGUUGAAAAGCAUUAAUUAAUAAAAGCAUAUCUUAAUAAAAUAAUAGAUACUUUGAGUUAGUUGAAAAAUGAUCUGAAUGUUCAAUUAGAUAAAGGAAUUGAGUUAUUAGAAAACUAACUAGAAUAUGAAAAUCUAAGACUUCAGAGAGAGCAGAAUAAUCAAGAGGAUCAGGAGCAGACUUUAGAAUAUUAUCUUCAAUUCAUAGUUAGUUGUGAAUCCAGUUACGGUUAAUAACACAGAGGAGAAGAUGAAUUUAGUUGGAUACAAUCCUUAUCUAAGGAAUUAUAGAAAUUAAGCAAAUUACAAGAAAUAUAAGACUGUUUAUUGAUUUCAAAAGAUCUCAAAAAAUAAUAUUAAAUAAAAGAUUAAAAUCUAAAGUCCCAAAAUUAAAUAAAAAAAUUACUAUAAACGAUUUCAUAGAAAAAAUUCAAUGAGAGAACACCUAAUUUGAAUUUUAAUUGCCAAGUACAUGGCAAAGAAAUCAUUUUAUUUGAUAUGAAUCAUUAGACAGAAAAGCAGAAGAGGUUAUGCUGUAUAGAAUGCAUGCCCUCCUCAUAUAUCUCAUUAACAAAGGCUUAGGAGAAAUUAAAAUAAUUUGAGACUAGAAGGUCUAAUUAUUUUCAACAAUAAAUACUUGAUAAGGAAUAAUAAUACGAAUAAGUCUAGGAACAGAUAAUCAAAAUUGAAAAUUAAAUUGUUGAGUAGAUCAAGAAUUUAAGGGUUAAUUUUGAAGACAAUAUAUUAGCAAUGAAAUAAAAAAUUGUCUUAAGUCUCAAUUCAAAUAAUUAUGACAUUUAAAAUCUGAAUUAUUCAGAACUACAAGAACGGAUUGACAUUAUAAGUAAAUCAGAAGAAAAUUAAUAAUGUAUCAUUUUUUAAGAAUAUCAGGAAAUAUAAAAUUCUAUUCUCUCUUAAUUAAAAGAAUAAUUAUAAUAAUUAUAUCAAUACUAAUAAAAUUUAUAUGAUAACCUAAGAUCUACCUUAUGCAAUUCUCAAGAGAUAAGCAAGGCAACUAGCUAAUCAGAUUAAUAAACCCAUAAUAUUAAUUAUUUUAUAAUUGAAAAUAGAGAAACAUCAAACAGCAAUUAAUUGGAAUUGUUAACUCAAAAAUCUCAAGAAUCCCAAGAUUACAAAAGUAGUAAUUAAACCUAAAAAGAAUUCAAUUUGUUGACAUUAUCAACUAUCAAUGAAAAUCGUUAAACAAGAAGCGCCUCUGCAUAAGUCAAAUCAAAAAUUCAAGAAACAGAAAAGUAAAAAGAUGAUGAAAAUCAAAUAGAACUUUAUUAAGAAAAUAAUUAUGAAUUAAUUGAAAAGUUUAAGUGGGAAUAAAAUUGUCAUGCCAUAUCAUUUAAUCAAGAUAAUAGCCUUAUGAUUAGUGGUUGUUAAAAUGACAUAACUGUUUGGGAAUUUAACAAUGGAAAAAUAAAAAAAAAAUAAUAAUUGACUGGACAUACUAACUUAGUUAUUUCUUUGUUUUUCAGUUUGAGUAAACCGGAGUUCAUAUCUGGAAGUACGGAUAAAUCUAUUAGAUAUUGGCAAUUUGUUGAAAAUUAAUGGACUUGCACUUAGAUGCUUUUAGGGCAUAAGAGACAAAUAGAUUGUUUAUUGUUUGAUAAUAAAGGUGAUUAAAUUAUAUCCUGCAGUUGUGAUAAGUCUAUAAGGGUGUGGAGGAAAAAUGAAUAAUUAAAAUGGAUAUAGGUUUAAGUGUUAACCGAUCAUUAAGCAUAUGUUAGAUGUAUAAGUUUUAGCAAGUCUCAAGAGUUGUUUGUAUCAUGUGGAGAAGAUAAGUUGAUUAUUAUUUGGGAAAUUGAUGAAUUCAAAGAGUGGAAAUCGAAAUAAAUAAUUAAAAAUAGUGACUAUGGAUAUCGGAUAUGCUUUGUUUAAAAUAAUUUGUUGAUAUGGCAACCAAGAAAUAUUAAUUAAUCAAUUAUAUUUUAGUUAAAUGAUAACUUAAAUCAGUUUGAAUAGAGUACUUAAAAUAUCUAAUUACUACUAUCUAAUAAUGGAUAUUAAAACUUUUUUCCAUCUCUAUAUAAUGAAAAUAAAUAAAUUGUUAUAAAUAAACAUGGAAGAUACGUAUAUGUUUUGAAAAAGUUAAUUAAUGAUUAAUUUUCGAUUUCUUAAGUGAUUGAAGUCGGUCACUAUUGUAAUUAUGGUUCAUUAUCACCAAAUGGUGAAUACUUAGUGAUUUGGGAUGAAGGAUCCAAAUAUUUUUAAAUCAGAAAAGCCAAAUUUUGA